UUUCAAUCCUUGGUUCAAAUAGAGAACAAGCAUGAUACAACACCUAGGUUGCACGGAUUCGGCUCUUCACUGCCGCCUCGCGCACCGGAAUCGUCUCCGGCGCGGAUUCGCCGGCGGGGACGGCAGUUGGCGUACCCGAAACGGAUCUACAGGUUUGGAUUCGUCGGGUAGGAAUUGGGUACGAAUCCGGACGAAUCGGGUAGGAAUUGGGGAACCAGAGAGACCAGAGCAGUAGAGCACCACUUUGAUGCUCUUUUUUUGACGGAUCUGAGCAGAUACCAAAGCAGUAGAACUUUAAUUCUCCCUUCUUUUUUUAUAUUAUUUUAUUAAUCUAGUUUGGACCCUUGUUUAUUACUGUAUUACUGUUUUUUGGACCAUAGUUUAUUCCUUUUCUUAUUACUGUUUUUUAGAUUAUUUUUAGAUACUGUAUAAAUCAAGUUUGGACCAUUGU